CUCUGCUCUUCCUCGCAACAGCAGGGGUCUGCGAACACGUUCUCAGGUGUCGUCUCCCGCAUCGGUGCGCGGACUUGGCGAUGGCUGCAGAACGGAGACGGGGCAGUCCCGUAACCUACACCUAUCGGUCCCUCCGCGGAGUGUUCACGGCGGGUCUAAAGGGCUUCUACAACACCGUAGAGGUGUUCAAUGCGGAGGCGGUGCCGCCUCAAGGGGAGUGCACGAUUCUGUGCCCUAAUCAUGGCAACAGCCUCACGGACGCCAUCUCGGUGGUGAGCCAGUGCCCCCGCAUGGUCCGGCUAACGGCGAAGGACAAUCUUUGGAAGGAUCCGAUCUUUGGGUGGUGGGUGAGGAAUGUGGGGACCGUUCCCAUCCAGCGCCGGUCGGACCACGGCAAGAGCACCGACAACACGCAGGCGAUGGCCAAGCUCUACGAGGCCCUCCAGGGGGGCGACAUGGUCUGCGUCUUCCCCGAGGGGGUUAGCCGCUACCAGAGCGGCCUGGCCCCUCUCCGGCCCGGCGUCGGCCGUAUUAUCCUCGAGGUCCUGAAGCGCGAGCAUGAGGCCGGGAACGACGACUUCACCGCCCGGGUGGUCACCUGCGCCCUCACCUACCUCCACCGGGAGAAGUUUCGGUCGGACCUGGGGGUGGCCUUCGCCUGCCCGGUCAGCCUAAAGGCAUCCGAGUACCCCGGCCUGAUAGCGGGCCAGGGGGGGGAGUCUGCGGCCGUCGACAAGAUCAUGGAGCAAGUAGCUGACCAGCUCCGACAGGACCUGGUAACCUCUCCCGACUGGGACUCGCUUGUGGCCGGGCACGCGGCGAGGUGUCUCUACGCGCCCCUCGGGACCUGGAUUUCCCUGCACCAGACGGUGGCCCUCACACAGCGGUGGGUGAAGGUGCUGUCGGUAGUGACCGAGCAGGAGCGAGAAGAGAGGAACCUCACUCGGACGGCCUCGGAGCCGGACAUACACAUGCUCAGAGAUCGCGAGGCUACCGAUGCAGAGUGCGCAGAGAUUGGGCAGCUGAAGAGGGACCUCCUUGCUUACGACGCGGAGCAUAGGGGGCUGGGGCUGUCGGACCGGAGACUACGCAGGCCUCAGCCGUGGUGGCCUUCUCUGGUUGGGGGUGUGGCGGCUCGCGCGGUGUGGGCGUCGGGCCUGCUGCUGCUGGCCACGCCUGGUGUCAUCAUCCUCUCCCCGCUGUUUGGAUUAGGCAAAGCGCUCGAGGUCCGACUCUGGAUCAAGAGUUUCAGGAAGAAAAAAGUCCGUGACAUGGACGAGGUAGCCCAGUACAAGCUGGCCAUGUCUGUCUUCGUUGUUCCCGCUGUAGUCGCGCUCGGGGCCAUGGCUCUCACCAAGGGCCCGCUGGGGCUAAGGGCCGGGUUUAGCCUCCUCGUGUCCCCGGCCUGGCUCUGGAUGACGGUCCGCUGGCUGGAGGACGGCGUGGCCUGCCUCAACGCCUGCGUGGAGCUGUCGACGCUCCUGACCCGCAGGGGGCAGGUGGAGAAACUGCGUGACGUGCGCCGGGGGCUGGAAGCGAGGGUCAAGGCGACCGCGCAAGAGCACAGCCUCCCAUCCCCGGAGACCCUCAAGGCCGAAGCCCCCGCCCGCUACAAAACCCGCCGCUUCUGGAGGUACUUCAGCCCCAAGCGGAGGAGGAAGAUGGAGUGGGGAGAGGUCGUGCACAUGGGGCACGUGGGUUAUGACUACCCCAUAGCCGUGCAGGAGCAGCAGAACUUGGCCUACGGCAAGGGAGCGUCUCCGGAAGGAAGCGGGAGCGGGGCGACCGACACCACCCCCCCCUCCGUCAAGGACAAGGCGGCAUAG